CAAAGAGCUGUAAAAAAAGCAGAAGAACCCCAACAAAUGCAGCAAAACCCCAUUCCAGUUCUCCAAGGCUUUGUCAGCCCUGGCUGGGCUGGGAUGACUCGAAAGCUUGUGACAAAUUGCUUGCUUGGUGUCGUGGCUUCCUUAUUUCUGGGCAGGAUUCACCGUGCCUCAGCCUGGAUCUGUGUUUCCAUGUGUGUUUUGGUUUUUUGUUUUUUUUCCCCUUCCCUCUGUAGACAAAAUGGCAAGAAAAAGCUGCCCAGCUUCUUUGGGAUAGAUGGAGGCCAGGAGAGAGACACGACCACGGACAAAAUCCUGCAGUAUAUUCCAGCCAAGAUUAUUCAGAAGCAGGAAAACCAGAAGGAAAACUUGGACCAGAGGUUCCCCAGCCUAUUCAAGAAGGGCCGAAGGAAAACGGUUGUCAGGAAUUUGGGCAAAAUUAUUUAUUACUCCAAGGUCAAGUUUAAGUUCCAGCACUGCCAGGAGGUCAACAGCUGCUUCCUGGAGCUGUUCCAGUCCUACCUGUACUUCCAGUCCACGGGUCCCAACGGCCUCACCUACCAGGGGCUGCUGCCUCUGAAGGAGCUGGAGGUGCGUGAGCUGGGGGCUGGGCAGAGCCCCGGGCAGCAGGACCACGCUUUCCACAUCUCAGGGCCCCUGCUGAACCCCCUGGUGGUGUUCUGCCCGUCCGAGGCUGAGCUGAAGCAGUGGCUGUACCACCUGGAGAAGCAGAUCCAGCUCUGUGGAGGGAGCCUGGCCCUGCCCCUGCUGUCCCAGAGCGGCUGGACGCAGAGCGCCGGGGGCAAGGAGGAGCUGCGCUGGUCCGUGCAGAACCUGCCCGUGCAGGACUGGAGAGGGACCCAGCGGGAAUCCCUGGGAGAAAUCCUCUGCGUGUCCAAGGUGAAGCUCCAGCACCUGCCCUUCCAGGAGCAGCACGACCGGCUCCUGGUGCUCUACCCCUCCACGCUGGUGAUCAUGUCCGAGGAGCCCAGUGGCCUCUGUUUCAAGGGAGAGCUCCCCCUCAACGCCAUCCAGGUGCUUUUUGAGGAGAAUGACAAAACCUCCUUUUUAAUCGAAGGCCGACUGAUAAACUCCAUCCGGGUGACCUGUCCCAGCUACCAGGACUACCAGGAGUGGCUCUACUGCCUCAAAACCGCGCAGUUCCGAAACGCUGACUCCUCCCUCUCGGGCUCCGAGAGCUUCUCUGUGGGGUCAAAGCCGCCACACCCCAGCCAGUUCACCAGCAGCGGGAGAGGAUCCCUCAGCUCUGACGGCCGCACGAACUCCUGGGCGUCCGGAGGGAGAGUGACCACGCUGACCCAGCUGUCCCAGACCAGCGGCUCCCUGCCCGACGGCCACUCCUUCCUGCUGACCCCCGAGGGCCGGCUGCUCGAGGAGCCCCUCUCCCCUGGCUACUCCCAGCCUCUCCAUAGCCUGGCACAGCCCAGCUGGCCCAGCUCAGGGCUGCCCACGCAGGAGCUGCGCAGGGGGAACAGCGCCAGGAAAUCCAAGGGCAAGAGCAGCGGGCAGCAGCUGCCCCAGGACGGGGAGAGGAGCGUCUGCAGCCUCAUCCCCGAAAACCCCAAGGGAGAGACGCAGUCCCCGCUGUACCACGAGCCCUACUCAGCACACGGCUCCCAGCAGCACCCCCUGGCACAGCUGGAGCUGGGCAGGUUCCUGCAGUGCCACGAGCAGACAGGACCACCCCAGGGGACUGUGCCAGGUCCCCAGCAGCUGUCCCUGGAGCAGUGGCACUGCCAGCCCCUGCCAGGGCACUGCAGGGAGGUGCCCACGGUCCCCAUCUACAGCACCCCGGGCACCUCGCGCCGGCUCCAGCCGCGGGCACCGGCCCAGGGCUCCUACCUGGGGGAGAGCUCGUCCCUGCCUCAGGAACACCUGGGCCUCGAGCUGCAUCCCCCAGGUGGCCCCUAUGACCUGGCAGACGGCUCCUGCCCCUGCCGGGACUCCGCGUCCUUCCACGACUACGCCGAGCUCCAGAGCUUCCAGAGCGACCUGAGCUACGACAACCUGUGGGAGGCGGAGGAGAAGGAGCCGGGCGGCGCCCGGCGGCCCCCGCAGGUGUUCCAGGUCUGAGGCUGCUCCCGGCACGGAAAAGCCCCGGGCUCUUCUCCCGCCGGGAGGAGCCCUGAGCUCUGCUCUCCACGGCCUGGCAGGUGCGGGGCUCAAUCCCUGCCCCAAAUCCCAGCGUGGGGCUGAGCAGAGCGGCCCCGGCCUCGGUGGGGCUGGAGGAGCAGCCGUGCCCAGGCUGCAAAGAAAAAAAACCAAAAAAACAAACCAGCUCUGCCCCCUGAAAAUCCCGGAGCAAAAAGGGUCAGGCUCCCUCGGUGAAGGGGACUCGGUGUUCAGAGGGAGAACCAAAAAGGUGCCCGGAUUAGUCGGAUUGCUUUGCACCAGAACCCUCAGCUGGUCCCUGUGGGGAUCCCCUGGGAGCAGCCAGAGCGAGCUCUGGAGGCUGCCAGGAUGCACAGGGCAUCAUCCCCCGUCCUGGCAGCUCAUGGGAUUGUCCUCCUGCGAGAUCAGACAGGAGAUGGAGAGGAAAAAUCCCCAACCAGGUCUGAGCACAGCGGGGUUUGCUUUCCACUUCAUGCCAGAAAAGUUCCUUCCUGCCAGGGCUGGCUCCAAACCUGGUGCCAGCAGAAAUGCCAGGUGAUCUGUGCUCUCAGGUCUUCCCUGCAGAGGAACCCCCAAAUCUCCCCAAAUCAGGGGAUCCCUCCUUUCCUCCCAGCCCUGCCCGUGCCUGGGCUCACCCCAAAUGCUGCCUGUGGCUGUCCAGGCAAGGAGGGGAGAAAAUCCCCCCCAGGAGAAACUCCAGGACAGCCAAAGUGACCAGAGCAGUGCCAGGGGGGCUGGGGUGUCCCUGAUGUCCCUCUGGGCCCCUCCAGAGCCAGGACAGGACACAAACAAGGGACAGAGUCUCAGGGUUGUUCUUUUCCAGCCUCUUAGGCCAGAUCCUUUGGAAGGCCAGCAGCAAAUCCAAAUGUUUUCACCUGAGGCUCUGAGUUCUUAACCUUUGUUCCCUGCAGAGGCUGCAAGUCAAACACAGCAACAAAACCUCUGCUUUGGUUCUUUCUCUGGUGCAACCACAACCAUUUGUACUUGAAUAUCUCUGGUUGUAAUUUCGGGUUUUUUCGGGAGGUACCCAACAAAGUUUACAUGUAAAGGCUGAGUGGGUUCUGUGUAUUUAAAUGUAAAUGUGGCUGAGUUGAAGAGCUGUUUAAUUUUCUAGCUGUGGCUGGUGUUCAGUUCUGUAAAACACCUUCAGGAGUGUGUGGCUUCGGGUCUUGGAGCUGUUGCUGUUUUCUCUCAGGUUUGGUCGGUUUUGGGGAGGAUUUGUAUCUGAUAACACCCAAAAGAUUGAUUUAUUCUGAGCUAAACCGUGCUAGGGGACAUCCCAAAUGUACUGGGAGGGUCACCAGCAUAUUUUAACUGACUUGCAACAGCAAUGCCUGCAAUGACCAAAGGGGGAGAUCCCCUUCCUGUUGAUAUUAAAGUUCCCUGUGGAUUUCUGUGA